GCAUUGAUUCGUGCAUGUAAGAAGGCGCUGCUUGUCCAUCAAGCUUUGAACAGUUCUCUACUGGCGCUCUCCACUAGUACUGUUUCGCAAUUGCUAGUCGGUGCUAUAAUCUACAGUAGUUACCACAGUCCUCGCAGUGACAAGGUUAGGAUGCACAAUUCCCAGUGAAUAAACCCCAGAUCCGUUGCACCGGGAACCGACGAGCGACCGAAGGAAGACGCCGUUAACGCGGUCCAACGUUAACGUUUAGUAUUCGUGAGUUGCAAUGGUCCAGUCAAGGGAUAUCUUUUUCGCUUUGCUUCUUCUGGGCUCCACAGUAUCUCUGGAGGUUCAGAUCACCCCCAGCCAGGGCGAGAUCAGCGUGGGAGAGUCCAAAUUCUUCCUGUGUGACGUCGUGGGCACCGCCACCAAAAUCGAGUGGUUUGGCCCCAGUGGGGACCGAAUCGAGCAGAACCGGCCAGACAUCACGGCCACGACCACCGAUGAGAGCUCCAGCACCCUCACGCUCUACAAAGCUGGCACGCACCACGCCGGCACCUACAAGUGCGUGGCCAGGGAUGGGGAGCGGCAGGCGGAGGCCACGGUCAACGUGAAGAUCUACCAGAAAAUCACCUUCACCAACGCGCCGUCACCCCAGGAGUUCAACGAGGGCGACACCGCCAUCCUGGUGUGUGAUGUCAUCAGCACCCCGCCCCCCACGGUGUUCUGGAAGCACAAAGGCUCCCGCAUCCAGCCGGAGAAAGACGUGCGCUUCAAGGUGCUGGCCAACAACCACCUCCAGAUCCGCGGCAUCAAGAAGACUGACGAGGGCUCGUACACCUGCGAGGGCCGGCUCAUGGCCCGAGGCGAGAUCGACAUGCGCUUCAUCCAGGUCAUGGUCAACGUGCUGCCCACCAUCCGGGUGUGGCAGACGGAGGUGAACUCCACCGCUGACGUCGGUCAGACCGCCACGCUGACAUGCGCCGUCGACGGCUACCCUGAGCCCACCGUGACCUGGACACGCAACGGGGUGGUCCUGGACGCGGAGGAUAAGUACAGCUUCAACGAGGACGGCUCGGAGAUGACAAUCAUGGAGGUGGCCAAGCUGGACGAGGGGGAGUACACCUGCAUCGCCCGGAACAAGGCGGGCGAGAGCGACCAGGAGCUCAGCCUCAGGGUGUUCGUGAAGCCGCGGAUCACAUACAUCGUGAACCAGACCACCUCGGAGAUGGAGGACCAGGUGACCCUGACGUGCGAGGCGCUGGGGGACCCCACCCCCAGCAUCAACUGGAGCUACGGGGUGCAGGUCUUCAACGAGGGAGAGCAGGCGCAUCUAAACAGGAUCUAUCAGGCGUCGUGGACUCGGCCUGAACAACACAAGAGCACCGACGGCACCGUGGUGGUUAGGAGCGACGCGCGGGUCUCCUCGCUCACAGUCAAGAACGUCAAGUACACAGACGCCGGCCAGUACCUCUGCACCGCCCGCAACUCCAUCGGCGAGGACGCCCAGCCCGCCCACCUGGAGGUCCUCUAUGCGCCCAAGAUCCAGGGGGUUCUGGCCAUGUAUACAUGGGAGGGCAACGCGGUCAACCUGAGCUGCGAGGUGCAGGCCAACCCCAGCGAGGUGACUCUGGUGUGGCUGCGGGAUGGCCAGCAGCUGCCCGGCGCCAACACCAGCAACAUCAAGAUCUUCCAGAACCUUGCAGCCAGCUUCCUGGAGGUGACCCCCACCUCGGAGAACGACUACGGGAGCUACAACUGCUCCGCCUCCAACGACCUGGGCACCGAGUCCAAGGAGUUCCUGCUCAUCCAGGCCGACGUUCCCUCCGCCCCCACCCUUGGCCUGAUGGAGCCCUUCUCCAGCACGGCCCGGAUCCAGCUGAUGGAGCCCGAGGCCACCGGGGGGGUGCCGGUCCUCAGGUACAAGGCGGAGUGGAGACCCCAGGGCCAGGGGACAUGGGCCCAGCAGACCUACGAGCUCCCGGAAGGUUCUCUCAGCGAGGUGACCAUCGACAACCUGAAGCCGGAGACCAGCUACGAGGUCAAGGUGUCCGCCGUCAACGGCAAGGGGGAGGGAGAGAGCAGCCCCACGGCCCUGUUCAAAACCAAGCCUGUCCGUUAUACACUCUCAAACGGAAUGUUUCAUUUUACCACCGAGGAAACAGAAGGGAAACCCAACCCCCCUAAGUUGGAGGGCUCCCCCCGGCCCAAAGGAAACUCCUUCAGGGUCAAAUGGAUCAAACAGGACGACGGGGGAUCCCCCAUCCUGCACUACCUGAUCCGCUUCCGGCCGAAGCAGACGUCGGAUUGGAACCCCGAGAUGCAGCUGCCCAGCGCCAGCGAGCACGUGCUGCUGACGGGGCUGCGCUGGGACACAGAGUACGAGGUGCUGGUGGUGGCCGAGAACCAGAAGGGGAAGUCCCAGCCCGGAUCCUUCUUCUUCAGGACCGCCGCAGAGCCCUCCGCCAUUCCAGCAGACGUGAGCGACGACUCCCUGAUGAACCUGCCCAUGGGGGUGAUUGCCGGCAUCCUGGUGGGGGUCUUCGUGCUGCUGCUGCUGGCCGUCGACAUCACCUGCUUCUUCGUCAACAAGUGCGGCCUGAUCAUGUGCCUGUGCGGCAAGCCCGGCACCGGAACCAAGGGCCAGAACCUCGAGGAGGGGACGGCCGCCUUCAUAAAGGACGAGUCGAAGGAGCCUAUAGUGGAGGUGAGAACGGAGGAUGAGUGCACAGCCAAUCACAACGCCGGGGGCCCCACGGAACCCAACGAGACCACGCCCCUCACAGAGCCCGAACUGGCCGCCUGCAUGGCCGCCCUGGCCCUGGACAGCCUCUCCUCCUCCGUAGCCGCCAACUCUGACACCGCCACCGCCACCUAUGACCCCGCCCUGGACAGCCCCUCUAGCGAGACCACCACCCUCACCUGUAGCCUGUCCACUCCGGCCAACGACCCCUCGCCCACGCCCGUGCGCGCCCCGGCCCCCACCCCCGAGUCCCACACGGCCCCUCUCACCCCCCCGCAGCUCCUGUCCAACAGCGCCGUCGCCGCCAAAAUGGUCCCGUUGAUAGAGCAGAGAGCCGGCGAGCCCCCCCGCCCGGAGGAGGAGCAGGAGGUGGUGGAGGUGGGCGAGGAGGAGGUGAAGGAGGUGGAGGUGGUGGUGGAGGAGGAGAAGAAGAAGGAGGCGAGCCCCACCUCCCCGCCCCCGCCUCCCGCUCGUACACCCGACCCCAGCGGCUCCCCCAAACCGGCCACGCCCAUCCCGCCCAAGCGCAGGAACUCUCCCAAGCUCGCCGCGCUGCAUGCUAAGGGAGGCCUCCCCGUGUCCUCGCUGGCCACCGCCUCCCCCAGCCUGGACGCCCGGAGGCAGGCGCCCGGCCCCCCGGGGCCCCGCCCCCAGCCCGCCACCCCCGUAGCCGUGGAAACCCAGGCCCCGGUCCACGCCGCCUCCUCCGUCCCAGCGAUGACCUCUGAACCCGGUAACCCGGGACGACCCCGCGGCGAAGACGACGCCCCCAGAAGCGCCGCCGCCGGGGAUAAGCCGGCCGGUGGUGGCCCCGCCCUCCAAGGCGGCCCCGCCCUCCAAGACGCCCCCACUGCCUUCGAAGCCUUCCCCCAGAGCGGGGGCUUCCUCACCCCCACCCCCGCGGCGUCCUCCGCCCUCCCCGCCCAGGACCAGCCCCUCCACAACCACCUGGGGCCGGCCUUAGACCCCGCCUACGACCUGCUGAGCCCCGCCCCGCCGGGACCGCGCCCCGCCGCUCCGGUCUGGCUCACAGAGCUGCCCAACGGCGGGGGGGAUACCCCCACCCUGCCCCCGCCAGACCUCAUUAGCCUGGACAGCCCUCCCUCCUCCUCCCUGUCCCACCUGGCCAACGGAGACGGAGCCCGCCCGUCAGAGACUCUGAAUAAGGCCGCGCUUCCUGCCAACGACCAGAAGCGGCUCUCCGAGGGGAAGCGCAGGCCGGGGGCGGCCGGCGCGUUAACGGAGAUCACCGGCCAACACGACAGCCUCAUAGCGACCAACGUCAGCAGCAGUAAAGCAUGAUGCGACGACCCAGGGACGCAACGUCAUCCCAAUCCCCCCCCCCCCCCACCCCAAACCCCAAUCCCCAACCCCCGCCUCAACCCCCAACCCCCGCCUCUCUCCCCAAAAAAAUAAAGAAUAAUGUAUGUCUGCAUCGGGGAGUCCGACAGAAGGAAUAACGCUGCAGGAGAUUUCCUUUCCUUUUUAUUCCAGUGCCCUUAAACUGCUUAUGCGUUCACUCCACACUUUCACUUGGUAGUUCUGUGCAAGAGCUACGGGGCCAUUCCGCUCUAUCUUCUUUAAUCUUUGGUUCGGUCGCUGCUGGGCGGGUGGCAGGGAUCGCUUUUAUCUACAUGUCACAAGAGAUUUAUUUUAUUUUUUUAUUGUUUUAUUUAUCCCGACGGGACACUUAAGAGAUUACUCGGUUGGUCAUUGUGGUGUGGUGCAAAUGGUGAGUUAAACUUUUCAACUGUAUCGCACUUCAAGUGCCGACCACACAUAUGAGUGGAUUUUUCGUCUGGCAUAUCUAUAAGAACAUAUACAAGAAAAUAUGAAUUAUAUAGAAAUUAUUUUGUAUUGCUUUCAUGUUUUUCAAAUCUGCAACUUAAUAUAAUUAAAUAAUGUUAGAGGCUAUUCUCGUUCAACUCUUUGGUUUUUGCAUGUGGGACCUGCAAAGUUUUUUGUAUUGUUUUUUCUUUUGCCAGGUUUAUCCUUUUGAAAUAAUAACCUGUUUGUUCUGGCCAAUGAAAAACCCCUGACUGCUCAAACCACACUAGUUAAACCAAUAGCAAACCAGAACAGGAACAUGUCAAUAAAGAAUUGGCUAUAAUCGACCCCUACAGCUCCCAAAGGGUGUCUCAUAUCUUCUGCCUGUUGUCCGAUAUCACUCCCUCCUAACUCUCACUGGAACACCUGCUUUAACACAGUUUCUCUACCCAUGUUUACUUCUAUCAAAAUGGCUGCGACUGUCACUGUACAUAGAACACACACAAUGUUCUCCAAAUGAUGACGCGUCAAUAUUGAUUGUCCUCAAAGAAAGGUUUGCGAUAUAUUCCAGACUCCAGAAAAACGCUUUCCUAACCCUGGACCCCAGAAACGACCCCACACGGUGACGAGAUCAACACACCCUUAUUCCCUUCACACCAAACAGACCAAAUGCCUAAACUCUGUAAUUCCUCAACUAUUUUAAAACCAUUGUUUUUUGUAAACUAGGAAGAUUUAAUUUCCACUCCCCUGCCUGCAAGCUUGUGCUCUGUGACUGUGUAUCGAUAGAUUGUCUCGUCAUCAGUUUCUGUAAAAAAAAAAAACGAAAUAUAAAAAUUAUCUAACAUAGCUUUGUCGUGACCGAGUGAGCCUAUUCUUUUCAUAGUGUAUAUCUAUAGAAGUACAGAAUAUUGACUAAUGUAGUCCUUAUAACACAUGUAGUGUAUUAAAAACUGUUUAUUCCGUCUCCAGUCACAGCACUAUCUAUUGCGAGCUAUAGUGAAGGUGAAGAUGUUGCGAGUCUUGGCAUGAAUUCAAUCAGUUAAUAACAGUUAAUAACAUGUUUACUCCAAAGGACCAAGGGUACGCGCACGUGUGUGUGGCCCCGCGGGCGUCGAACCAGCCCCUCAUUGAUUUCCUAGGUGUUACCUUUGGGCUUGUUCUGAAUGACGCCAUAUUCCUCCCUGCCCUGAAAUUGUUAUUCUAGUGUUCUGUAAAAUGUGGUCAUUUAUUUUAUUUUUUUAAGAACUUUUAUUUAUUUUAUUUUUUAUUUUGUACAAAAAAAGUGAUGUCUCUCGAAGGAGCAAUGUGUGUCUGAAGUUCCGGCCCCACGGACACGCAGGAGGCGGGGCGGUUCACGUUGACGUUUCCUUGGCGACUUUUCUAAGAAGGCACUCGUACCUGUAAGCUGUGAUGAUCGUGGAUGAAUUAAGGAAUGUUCUGUGGCAUGUUGAUAUCAGUAGUUUAACGUCGACGCGUCGUGAGGCCUCUCAGCCUGAAGCCCUUUACGAGAACCGCCCUGUCGCCGCGUGUCUGGGGGCCUCCUUUUAUUUCCAUCGGGUCGAACUCAGAAGUGAGUGCUAACCCCUUAUAAGAAAAUAAAACAUGGUUUCUCAAUCA